AUGAACAAUGCCAACGGUGACGCCAGCAGAGGGGCCAGCAGCUGCGAGUCCAUUGCUGCGCUUAUUGAAUCCCUUGCGCCAGCAGAAGCCACAGCAACUGCAGACAGUAUUCAGAUGCAAUAUAGAGAAAAAGACAAACAGAAAGACUUAGCUGGUGUGGACGAACCAACCAAUCGGGAGGCGCGUUCAAACGAGCUUCAUCCUGGAGCUACAGAACAAGGAAACGAAGUGCUGUCGUCGAUGGCAGCGGGGGGACCAAAGGGAGGAAUAUCUACACGUAUGCAGCAGGCGUACGCCUCAUCCCUGCAGCGGGCAAGAGGGGACCAAAGGGAGGAAUAUCUACACGGAACAAAUGGUUCAGCUAAUGCGACAGCUUCUUCAUACGCAGGCCCCGCAAGGGGCGAUGCAAAUUCCUCACGUGUUUCUACCAAAUCGCAAGCACUACAACGCAGUAGCAAAGGCAACAGAGGCGCCAGCAGCGGCAGCGGUUGCAGCAAGCAGGCUGCCCGUGAAAAGUUACCCGAAAUAGAAAAUAGAGCUAGCGAACGGCUUCCUGGCGUAUCAGCGGAAACAACUGAAGAUAGGGCAUUCGUGACUUCCAAAGAACACGGAAUGAUGCUGGAUAUUGAUUAUGACCAGGCCAACAGGGAUUGGAACUCCGCCAAAAACGCAACUUCUGGCCCGCCCCCGGCCCCCGAAGGAAUGGUGUACAACCCGCUCACUGGUGUAAAUGAGUACAGCUACGCAGUUACCACCACAGGAGGACAACCUUACGGGAAUAUGGCGCUGGGCGCCAUUCAGCAGAUAGCCCCCGUGGGCCCCGUUCCAGUAAAUCAAGGCAGACUCGCAGAUGCCCGGCUGCAGGGCGCUUAUCGUUUCAAUGCGACUACAGGGGAACGGGAAUAUGUCGAUGGAGGAGGUAUGGACCGUGUCAGGCAAUUUGGUGCAACAGAUUUCAUCGACUCCGGGGCGUCUGCUCGUCCUAACGUUAAGGCAGAUGGUUUGCCUGAAGGUUUCGACAUGAACUACGCAAGACAGAAAUACGAAGCGGGUGUACCGGCAGGUAGAGAUCCGGUAAUGCGCGGAGGAGAGCGAGCUGCUGAGGCCAUGCAGCUCGAUGCGGAAGCGAAGCUGCUAGACCUCGACCCUUAUGCAGCGCUUCUUGAGCCGCCUAAGGUACCUGCAAAGGAAUACGCAACUUUUGACGGAGGAGUAGAUCUCGUCAAAAUGGGAUUGGCAGCCGGGGCACAGGCGAGGAAGGUCAUUAAGAAGACGGAUGAAACAGAACCGUCGGCCCCUCAGGAAGCCGGUGACGCAAGUGCUGAAGUCGCAGAUGUAAGCAUGGGCCACUCACUACAUGCACGCAUCACUGCUUCGCUUGCUGGUUACUUGUAA